AGGUGAGAAACCAGAGGAAGUAAGCAAUUUGUGAAGGCGUUGACCUGAAAAGGGGAUAAAGCCUGAAGCAUGAGCAUAUACCACAGAAUCCCGCGUUGAUUCUGGAUUUUUGUGCUGUUCUCGGUAUGAACCUCAUAAGUCAUAACACACUACACUUUCUUUUUAUAUAUAGGUGCUCACCCUCAACCUGUACCACUUCAUUCCCAGCACAACCUUCAGCUUCUCUCUCCUCCAUGGUCCUGACAGGGUGCUGGCAACUUCUCCCUUUCUCUCUCUAGAAGAGCCAGUGAGCAGGAAGGAAACUUGUAAUAACUGAUUUGAGGCAAUUUAGAUAGCAGAGUUAGUGAUGGCGAGAGAGGGAACAAUAGGAGUGCUUAAUGCACUUGAUGUGGCCAAGACACAAUGGUACCACUUCACUGCAAUUGUGAUUGCUGGAAUGGGAUUUUUCACUGAUGCAUAUGAUCUCUUUUGCAUUUCCCUUGUCACCAAGUUACUGGGGAGGAUAUACUACACUGACAUAACCAAAUCAAGGCCUGGUGUUCUUCCAGCUAAUGUGCAAGCCGCUGUGACUGGUGUCGCGCUUUGCGGUACCUUAGCCGGCCAGCUUUUCUUCGGUUGGCUCGGUGACAAGAUGGGAAGGAAAAGGGUUUAUGGCUUAACUCUCAUGAUCAUGGUAGUGAGCUCCAUUGCUUCAGGGCUCUCCUUUGGUAAUAGCCCAAAAAGCGUCAUGGCCACGCUUUGUUUCUUCAGGUUCUGGCUUGGUUUCGGGAUUGGUGGCGACUACCCUCUUUCGGCCACAAUCAUGUCCGAAUACGCGAACAAAAAGACGCGAGGCGCGUUCAUUGCUGCGGUGUUUGCUAUGCAAGGGUUCGGAAUCUUGGGUGGUGGAAUAGUGGCUUUGAUCGUCUCGGCCUCGUUUGACCACAAAUACAAUGUUCCUAGUUAUCAAGAAGACCCGGCAGCAUCAAUGGUGUUGCCGGCUUUUGACUAUGUUUGGCGUAUCAUUCUCAUGUUUGGUGCGCUCCCAGCGGCCCUGACCUACUACUGGCGUAUGAAAAUGCCUGAGACAGCUCGUUACACAGCCUUGGUUGCCAAGAAUGCGAAACAAGCUGCCUCAGACAUGUCCAAGGUGCUGCAAGUUGAACUUGAAGCCGAAGAGGAAAAGGUGGAGAAAAUUCUUGAGAGUGAAAACCAACAAUUUGGCUUGUUCAGCAAGCAAUUCGCCUCGCGCCACGGGAUGCACUUGCUAGGAACCACAACUACUUGGUUCUUGUUGGACAUUGCCUUCUACAGCCAGAACCUCUUCCAAAAGGACAUUUUCAGCGCGAUCGGAUGGAUCCCUCCAGCAAAAGAAAUGAAUGCAAUCCAUGAGGUUUACAAGAUUGCAAGAGCACAAACACUUAUAGCACUAUGCAGUACAGUUCCCGGUUACUGGUUUACCGUGGCCUUUAUCGAUUACAUGGGCCGUUUCGCGAUCCAAUUGAUGGGAUUCUUCUUCAUGACGGUCUUCAUGUUUGCUCUGGCCUUACCUUAUGAUCACUGGACUAAGAAAGAUAACCGAUUUGGGUUCGUCGCCAUGUACGCCCUCACGUUCUUCUUCGCGAAUUUCGGUCCAAACGCCACCACAUUUGUGGUGCCGGCCGAGAUUUUCCCUGCAAGGCUGAGGUCCACUUGUCAUGGAAUCUCAGCUGCUGCAGGAAAAGCAGGAGCAAUAGUAGGUGCAUUUGGGUUCUUGUAUGCUUCUCAGAGUAAAGAUCCUGCUAAGACUGAUCCAGGUUACCCAACUGGUAUUGGGGUGAGGAACUCUCUCAUUAUGCUUGGUGUGAUCAAUUUCUUGGGGAUGGUAUUCACCUUUUUGGUGCCGGAAUCAAAGGGGAAGUCACUGGAAGAGUUGAGUGGGGAGACAGAAGAAGAUGGCGUUGAGGCUAUUGAGGCUGCAGGGUCUAGGACAGUUCCAGUUUAAUCAAAGUCUUGUGCAACAUAGUAAUUAAAAUUCCAAGUUAUGAUUGUUUUUGUUAUGUGAAAAUUUACUUUCAGUUUUCCUACAGCAAGAUGCAUAAUAAUGUAGAUAUUUGUUUUACAGUGUUAUAAGUCUAUAACUUGUAAUCAGUUACAUAGUGUUUUGUAUUCCAUUGUUGUUCUUUAUCAAGUUUGGCAAUAAAUAAUUUAUCUGUAGUCAAA